CCCUCCGCGGCAGCAGGAGGAGGAGGAGGAUGGUUGUGGGGGCGGGCGGCGGCAGCAGCCGCUGGCAGCAGCCGGGAGAAGCCCCGCUGGUGACUGGCUGGCGGCACACACAGCUCUGAGGAGGCGGAGGGUGCCUGAGCCGCGGGGCGGGCGCCUGCGAAGGGGGGAGAGACUGCGGCGGCGGGAGGGGACCGGCACACGCACGCACACACGCACGCAGAGACGGAUGACAGCGGCGGCCGCGGCUGCCACGAUGUGAGGCGGGCUGCGCGGGGGGAAGCGGGGGCUCCGCGGAGAGGAAAGGCAGCCCGCACACCCCCGGCGGCGGCGGCGGGAGGGGCGGCCGGGCCGGGGCGGGGCCGGCCGGGCCCGGGGCGAGCCGUGCGCCCCGGCGGGCGGGGCGCGGAGCGGCCGCGGGCGGCUAGUCUGAGACCGGCGGUGGCGGCGCUGGUGGGCUGACCGGCUCCUGUUUGCUUGGCUCCAGUCUCCCGUCUACGAGCCCGCGGGCCCCGAUGAGGAGCGCCCCUGCGCUGCCGGACUGACGCCUCGCCGCCCUCCCCGCGGACGAGGAGGAGCGCUGCCCGGCGGCGGAGAGCGCGGCGCCCCUGAUCGCGGGCCGCCCCUGCACCGCCCUCCCCAGCGGGGGCUCGUCUGCCGCCUGCGGGGCGGUCGGCGCGGCGCGGCGGUGACAGCGCGGCGGCGGCGAGGCCGGGGGAGCGGGGAGCGCCGCCGCCGAAGACCAUGAGGAAAUUUAACAUCAGGAAGGUGCUGGACGGCCUGACGGCGGUGUCCUCCGCCGCCUCGGCGUCGUCCGCCGCGCAGCAGCAGCAGGCGGGGAACCGGGAGACCGAAAUCCAGGAGACGCUCCAGUCCGAGCACUUCCAGCUCUGCAAGACUGUACGCCAUGGUUUCCCCUAUCAACCUUCAGCCUUGGCAUUUGAUCCUGUUCAGAAAAUACUGGCCAUCGGGACUCAAACUGGAGCACUAAGGCUCUUUGGUCGGCCGGGAGUUGAAUGCUACUGUCAACAUGACAGUGGAGCUGCAGUAAUCCAGCUUCAGUUCCUGAUUAACGAGGGAGCUCUUGUGAGUGCCUUGGCUGAUGAUACCUUACACCUCUGGAACUUGCGUCAGAAGAGACCUGCUAUACUUCAUUCACUCAAAUUUAACCGAGAACGGAUAACAUUUUGUCAUCUGCCUUUCCAAAGUAAAUGGCUAUAUGUGGGCACCGAAAGAGGAAACAUUCACAUUGUCAAUGUGGAAUCAUUUACUCUCUCAGGCUAUGUCAUCAUGUGGAAUAAAGCCAUUGAACUGUCAUCCAAAUCUCACCCAGGACCUAUUGUCCACAUUAGUGACAAUCCAAUGGAUGAAGGAAAGCUUCUGAUUGGCUUUGAGUCUGGAACAGUGGUAUUAUGGGAUCUGAAGUCAAAGAAGGCAGAUUACAGAUACACACACGAUGAGGCUAUCCACUCUGUGGCUUGGCAUCAUGAAGGAAAACAAUUUAUUUGUAGCCAUUCAGAUGGUACCUUGACCAUAUGGAAUGUAAAAUCUCCUACCAAACCUUUCCAGACAAUCACUCCACACGGAAAGCAGCUGAAGGAUGGAAAGAAGCCAGAACCCUGCAAACCUAUUCUUAAGGUGGAAUAUAAAACAACUAGAGCUGGGGAGCCUUUCAUCAUUCUCUCAGGAGGCUUGUCAUAUGACACUGUAGGAAGACGACCCUGUUUAACAGUUAUGCAUGGGAAAAGUACUGCUGUGCUAGAAAUGGAUUAUUCUAUUGUUGAUUUUCUAACCCUCUGUGAAACACCAUAUCCUAAUGACUUUCAGGAACCGUACGCUGUAGUUGUUCUCCUAGAAAAGGACUUAGUAGUGAUUGACCUUGCACAAAAUGGGUACCCUAUAUUUGAGAAUCCCUAUCCUUUGACUAUACAUGAAUCUCCGGUUACCUGUUGUGAAUAUUUUGCCGAUUGUCCUGUGGACCUCAUACCUGCACUCUAUUCAGUUGGCGCUCGACAGAAACGUCAAGGCUACAGUAAGAAGGAAUGGCCUAUCAGUGGAGGCAACUGGGGUUUGAUCACUCAGAGUUAUCCAGAGAUAAUUAUUACAGGGCAUGCUGAUGGGUCAAUCAAGUUUUGGGAUGCCUCAGCAAUAACGCUGCAAGUACUCUAUAAGCUAAAAACAGCCAAAGUAUUUGAAAAAUCCCGGAAUAAAGAUGACAGGCCAAACACAGAUAUAGUAGAUGAAGAUCCAUAUGCUAUUCAGAUCAUCUCAUGGUGUCCAGAAAGUAGAAUGCUGUGCAUAGCUGGAGUUUCUGCACAUGUCAUUAUUUACAGGUUCAGCAAGCAGGAAGUGACAACAGAAGUCAUUCCGAUGCUGGAAGUACGUCUGUUAUAUGAAAUAAAUGAUGUUGAAUCUCCAGAUGGCGAGCAGGUGCCACCUUUACCAACUCCAGGCACAGGUUCCAAUCCUCAGUCCAUUGUUCCCCAGUCUCAUCCAUCUACUAGUAGCAGUUCAUCUGAUGGACUUCGUGAUAAUGUCCCAUGUUUAAAAGUUAAAAAUUCUCCUCUCAAGCAGUCUCCAGGCUACCAAAUUGAGCUAGUUAUCCAGCUAGUAUGGGUGAGUGGAGAACCUCCUCAACAGAUAACCAGCUUAGCAGUCAACUCGGCGUAUGGCCUAGUAGUUUUUGGAAACUGUAAUGGUAUUGCGAUGGUUGAUUACCUCCAGAAGACAGUGCUCUUGAAUCUAAGCACUAUUGAACUGUAUGGCUCCAAUGAUCCUUAUCGCAGGGAGCCACGAUCUCCCCGAAAAACUCGGCAACCGUCUGGAGGUAUGCUGACUGUGGCUUCUUGCAUGUGCGGCCUUUCUAACUUAUAUUCAGAGUCUGUGAAAAAGCUUCGCACGUCUUAUUUAACAGGUCUUUGUGAUAUUAAUGAAGGUACAAUGGUGCCAGAAGACCGCUGCAAAUCGCCUACUUCAGGUUCUGGUUCACCAAACAAUUCUGAUGAUGAUCAAAAAAUGAAUAAUUUUAUAGAAAAGGUGAAGACCAAAAGCAGAAAGUUUUCCAAGAUGGUAGCCAAUGACAUAGCAAAGAUGUCCAGGAAGCUAAGUUUGCCAACUGAGUUAAAGCCUGAUUUAGAUGUCAAAGACAACUCUUUCAGUCGAUCCCGGAGUUCUAGUGUAACUAGUAUUGAUAAAGAGUCACGCGAGGCAAUCUCAGCUCUUCAUUUUUGUGAGACUUUCACAAGAAAGACUGAUACAUCGCCUUCCCCAUGCCUGUGGGUUGGGACCACGCUGGGUACAGUGCUUGUCAUUGUACUGAAUUUACCCCCAGGAGGAGAGCAAAGACUUCUUCAGCCAGUAAUUGUUUCUCCUAGUGGAACCAUCCUGAGGCUAAAAGGGGCAAUCUUGAGAAUGGCUUUUCUGGAUACCACAGGAUCUUUGGUCCCACCAGCACAUGAACCCUGGAGAGAACUCAAUGUUCCUGAAGAUAAAGAUGAAAAAGAUAAAUCGAAAAAGCGACGACCUGUCUCCGUGUCCCCCUCUUCCUCUCAGGAAAUCAGUGAAAACCAAUAUGCAGUGAUAUGUUCAGAAAAGCAAGCAAAAGUUAUCUCACUGCCAUCCCAGAACUGUAUUUAUAAGCAAAACAUAACAGAGACUUCUUUUGUUCUUCGUGGAGAUAUAGUGUCAUUGAGUAACAGUAUCUGCCUUGCAUGUUUCUGUGCCAAUGGACAUAUUAUGACUUUUAGUUUGCCAAGUUUAAGGCCGUUGUUGGAUGUAUAUUACCUGCCACUCACCAAUAUGCGGAUAGCCAGAACAUUCUGCUUCACCAACAACGGACAAGCACUCUAUCUUGUCUCACCAACUGAAAUACAGAGGCUCACCUACAGUCAAGAAACAUGUGAAAAUCUUCAGGAAAUGUUGGGUGAGCUCUUCACUCCUGUAGAAACACCAGAAGCACCGAACAGGGGGUUCUUUAAAGGCCUGUUUGGAGGUGGGGCACAGUCACUUGACAGAGAAGAACUCUUUGGAGAAUCAGCAUCUGGGAAGGCAUCAAGGAGUCUUGCCCAGCAUAUUCCAGGGCCUGGGGGUAUUGAAGGUGUCAAAGGAGCAGCAUCUGGUGUAGUUGGUGAACUAGCACGAGCCCGGUUGGCGCUAGACGAAAGAGGACAGAAACUAGGAGAACUGGAAGAAAAAACUGCAGCUAUGCUUUACAGUGCUGAUUCUUUCUCUAAACAUGCUCAUGAGAUGAUGUUGAAGUACAAAGACAAGAAGUGGUACCAAUUCUGAUGAUGCUCAUCAAUUACAUCUGUUUAAUUUUGUCUUGAUGAAAAAAAAAAUCUUGGUUUUUCAUUAAUUUUGGCAGGACCUUCGAAAUUCAAAGGAGUAUUUACCAUUGGAUACUGUUGUUUCCUAGCACAAAUCACACACUGUUUUACCUCAGUCGUGGCUUUAACUGAGGAGCUUUAUAUUUAAAAGAAACACACACAAAAGAAACAAACUUGAGUGUUUCUUAGCUGUUGGUUAGCUGAGAGUUGGAACAAAGAAGGUAACUGGAACAUGUGGAAAAGAGGGUAAAGGGAAAACGUAGUGUGAGAUGGGCAGGGGCAAUGCAGGGUCAAUCCUGUGUUAAUAUUUCAUAUGCCAGAAGUUUUUGUGCUAUUGUAAUUGCUGCCAGUGUUAUACCCUCCUGUGAGGAGAGGCAAUAAAUCAGGGGUCCAAGAGCUGGAAUAAAGUUGUCUGUCUUGCUGGACCGUAGCUGACUUACACUUACCCCCUCUAAGACUCACUAUAUUUACCAUUAUUGUUGAAGAAGAGUUCAAGUUUGCUGUCACUUCUUUCAUCGGAAAAGCUGGAAGCUUGGAAGAUUUCUUGUUGAAAAUUGUAUACAUAGUUGACCUGUGCAUAGUCUUUUCUUGGACCCCUGAUCUAGUAUUCUUGUAUUCACAUCAUAUUCAGUGAAGUGCAAAACAAGAGAAUACACAAUUUUUGCAUUAAAAAAGUCAAGUGAAUAAUAUGACUGGAAUGUGUCAUGCUGGGAGUUUUCAUUUAUGUUAUGGCUGUGAAAUGUGGUAACAUCUUCAUUGUGGUAAGAAUACUUCAACUUCUGUUCAGUUAAAUAUUAUUUUUUGCCAAAAAUAGUUAUUGGUUCAGUUUGUGUAACAUUUAGAAUUGGCUGUGGGUUCCAUUCAUGCUGUGAACUUUUAUAAAUGUUUAACAGAAUGUAUCUUUACAGCCAUUAAUUAAAAUAGCUGAGAUAGUUUUGAGCAAAACUUAAGUUCUAGAUGCCCCUCUAGUCCUUUACUGUGAAAUCAGAUAAUCUUGGACUCAGGUUUUCAAACAGUUUUACACUCUGUGGAGGUGCUGAUGCAUGAAUAAUGGCAAGCAUCUAAUAUUUAAUAAUUGUCCGUAUAUUGUUUAGCAAAUUUCUAAAUCCUGCUAGUAGAGGUAUUUUACAAGUACCUAUCUCAGCCCCACCCAGCACUAAAGGCCUAAAGUUUGGAUUUAGUCUCUAAAGCAGUGUUUUCAAUGUGGGCAGUGGUAAGUGUCCACUAAAACUUCAGGAACUGGUGAAAUAAUGUUCAGUUUGGGUGAGGUAAAUAAUAUAGCUGAGCUAACUUGUUAAUGGCUGCUGCACUAAAGCUGUAACAGUGGGAAUGACCAGAGCUCUUUUAAAAAGAGAGGAUUCCUUAAAAUAAAUGUUUGCAUUUCAAAAAUUUAUUUAGACUUUCUUCCUCAAAGCAGGAAUAGUUACUGACUGAUUUUGUUUUAUAAAAGGGAGUACUUACAAGCUGAUAGGUCUACAUUGUCUGAAAUUAAUCAUUUGGGUUUGCUUCUCCAAGCAUCACAUUCUGUGUGGUUUUUUUGCACACUUUCUGAAUGUUCCCAAAGCAAAACCUUGGUUAUAUUUGUAUUGUGAAGUGAUGUUGCAGGUACAUAGAUGAGGCAACCUUACAAAACACUUAAAGCAUGCAAAAUAUUGAAGUUACUGAUGGUUCUUAAUUCAUUUUUCAAAUGAAAGGCAAAUAUGUUUGGGCUUUGUAGCACAAAUUGAUAAAUUUUCUGAUUUUAUGUAUAGUAACAAUUUAAAAAGACAGGUGAAUUCUGUUGCCAGUGUGAGGGCAUGCCAUACCAUGUCCACUGUUCAAAGAACUUAGCAAAUGAGAACAUGACAAUUUGAACAAGUAGCUUUGAUUUCUUGAUGGCUCUGUCCCAUACCUACUGAGUCAAUGGUAACUCCAGUUACUUAACUCAGCUUGCCACGCAAUUUUUGCCUCUGCGUGUUAAUUCCUUUUCCAGUGCCCAAUUAAUGCAUAAUUAAAUUAACACCAUUUUGUUAAAAAUUCAGGUAGAAGAAAACUAGAUAAACUGCUAUCCAUACCAUUUCCAAAAAUAAAACACCCUAGCUGACACUUGUCCCCUUCCUUAUCUCACAUUUAUAAAUUGAGAUGACUGAUUAUUAUUAGACCUGGUGAAAAUGAACUAUGUUUCAGAGCUACAGAAUCCUGGAAAAUUAGUCUGGUCAGGCUCUGUGGGAGAGGAUGGCAAAAGUACUCUUCAGCAAAUCAUGGUAUCAAUUCAAUGGAAGAUGACCUUGGUGUGAAAGGAAAGCCUACUUAACUUUCUCAUCAAUAAACAUUUGACAACCACCAGCAAGCAAAAAAAGAGGCAAUGAGAGACCAUCUGCCAGUACAAGAAGAGUAGUGGCUUAAUUGGUGUUAUAGAAUUUAUCAUAGCUGAAUCUUUUUUCUGUUGCAUAUGUUCAGAGCAUGCUUCUAGAGUUGAAAACUAAUGAAAUGAUUACUCAUGAGAUGAAUACACAAAUGGUUCUUGGUCAAUAAAAGGGGCUAUGUACAAUUUUAGUCUAAAGCGUUCCUUUUUCCUUCUCUGUGGAAGGAAGUUGAUCAUACAUCGUUGCAUCUUAUUCUGCUAUUGGUGGUGCACCUUUUGUACAGCAAAGUAUAUUGAAAUCCUUAGGGUAAGCACCCCUGGGUUUUUUGCUACCAUUUUAGUUGUGUGAAACUUUUUUAGAGUGUCUGGAAAACUAUAAAAUACAAUUGAGCUAUUACUUUUUUAUUUGUUUUUGAUGGAAGUGUAAGAAACUGCUGCUACCUAUCUGUUUAUGUGUAGUGUGUCUCAUUAGGAACUGUAAACUGAAGAAGCUUUUCUUCAUCUUAGUCCUGCCAAAUUGUAACUUUUGAAUGUUAUGUGUAAAUAUGCGUGUAUUCCAAAUAAGUCUGAAAGUGUUACACCACAGGCAUCUCCAGUGAUUUGUUCUUCAGCAAACAGUCAGUUAUAAAUUAUAGUGAUAUAUAGCUGUGUUCCUUGUCUGUCUUUAUGCAAAGAUUUUUUGCCUGAGGUGGUACUUGUGUGGCAGGUGAUGUUGGAAAGCUACAUCCAAAGGAGGAUUUUUGGAAGCAAGUUCAUUUCCUUUUUUUCCUUUCUGCUUUCCUUUUCUCUUUUCCGUUUUGGGUUUGGGUUGGGUUUUUUUUGCUUAAUUAAUGGCACUGAUCUUACCUGAACUUUUGAACUUGAAUUUUUCCUGCACUUUAAUUCAAUCAUGGUAUUUGAUUCCUUAAUUUUGUUUCUACAUUUGUGCAGUUCAGGUUCAUUAUCUGUAUAUAAACACACAUGUUCAAUAAAGACUUUAGAACAGAUUA